AGUUAGCAUUCAGAAAAAUGGAUCAAAGCUGACAUAAUCAUAACCUCCAGCACAACCUUCCCAAUUUAGCACACGCAGAUGUGUCUCCUCAGGCCUCAAGGCUCGGUUGUGAUAGAACGACGAUCUACUCCACGUCUCAUGCAUAGAUACCCUUAGAUUCAACCAGAAAUGCUUAAUUUACUGCCCACUACUCUUCGCUUCCUGCUGGGCUCACUACUUUGGUUCGACUUCUCUCAACCACCUGCUGUCCUGCCAGCCCGCACCCCGUUGUCCUUCCAGCUGCGGCACAAGCAUGCUAUAACUAAUGACUCUCGGGUGAUCUUCUCCAACGCGGUUCCAUCAUUUUCCGCAGACUCGUAUGUCACGAGCACAUCGACCAUUCAAACGUACAGACCUCAGUCGGCGAAGGCAUUUCAUAGCGCUCGACUACGCUCUAUUAGACAUGAUCAGAGCGAACAGGUAUUGUGGGAUACAACCGAUGUCCUCGGGCCGAACGUGGAAGAGAGAGAGACGUUACUCGCACUUGCGAAGAUGACCGCUAAUGCAUAUACAUCACCCACUGCAUCAGAUUGGUACACGCAGGACGGCUGGAAUAAGACCACACCGUUUGGCUGGGAACCUGACGCAGAUGGCAUUCGAGGGCAUAUCUUUGUCUCGGACGACAACUCAACAGUAGUGCUUUCAAUCAAGGGUACUUCCGCUGGCUGGAUUACAGGUGGUGGCGGCCCGACUGUACGAAAGGAUAAGCUAAACGAUAACCUUUUAUUUUCUUGCUGUUGUGCAAGAGUUGGUCCAACUUGGUCAACGGUCUGCGAUUGCCACCAGGGUAGCUCUCGAUGUGACCAAGAAUGUCUGGAGAAGAGUUUGAUGGAGGAGAGCUUAUAUUAUUCUGUUGGAGUGAAUUUAUAUAAUAACGUCACAUAUUUAUAUCCCAAUGCCAAUAUCUGGCUCAUAGGGCAUUCCCUCGGUGGCUCCCUCGCCUCACUUAUCGGUGUGACAUUUGGAGCACCUGUCGUCGCAUUUGAAGCGCCCUCUGAGAAAUUAGCUGCGACGCGUUUGCACCUGCCUUCUCCACCCUCGACACAACACAUCACCCACGUCUUCCAUACAGCUGAUCCUAUCCCAAUGGGCACCUGUACCGGUGUUACCUCGUCUUGUGGCAUCGCAGGCUAUGCCAUGGAGACACGCUGCCAUUUGGGCAAGGUCAUCCGCUAUGAUACCGUCACACACCUCCGGUGGUCUGUUGAUGUACGGACGCACUCGAUCGUUCAAAUCAUUGAUAGGUUGUUGAAUGAGGAUUGGACUCAGGAAGGACAGGAAGGCAGGACGGUGCCUGAGGCGAAGGCGGAUGAUGAGGAUUGUGUUGAUUGCUUCAACUGGGAGUUUGGGAGCUUUCAGGGCAAGAGUUAAUCUCUGGAUGAUAGAAGCUAUGACAUGAGAGAAACUUAUACAUACAUAUGACGAAUGACUAAUUUUCUUAGGCUUGAACAGCUGAUGAACAGCCGUCCUGAGAUUUGUGACACUUCUUCGACGGAGGCCGUAGAUUACACUAAGACUGAUUAGCAAGUGAUGUAGAUCAUACAGCAUGCAACUACCAUCUUCAAUGCAGAAAACUGAGACAUUCA